GAUUGGUGGCAUAGUCUCACAGUCGUUUCCGACGUCUCUCACGAAGCGCACGAGGGUGACUUCGAAUUUGACAAUCGAGGAGGCCAUCAUGUCGAGACCAGACGGGACCAGCCAGUCGCACAGUGUGCACAAGAGGCAUGUAGGCAUCGGGCUGACAUGAUCGUGCAUGCUUACGAAGAAGGCCGAGGACAUUCUUGCAAGAACAGCAAAUCAAGACACGAGGACGAUUCAAAAUUUCAAUGGAAAAAAUCAAAAUUCCAAGGAUAG